GGAUAUUUUGGUAGGGGUUCGUGUGCUUCUUGCAAUUGACACUGGAGUACGUUUUGCGUUAACAGUUUGACACAGACUCUUGGUUCGAAUCUCGCGCCCUUCUGUAGAAAAUCGGAGCCAAUGUGUAGUGUGUGAUCGAUCGAUUUAUUUUGGAGUAUAUUCUGUGCGAUAAGUUUUGGACUUUAAUAUUCAUUCAAAAAUGAUACCCCCGAGAUGGUGCGAGUUUCGGAAUGGGAUCCUUCUGUGUCUAGUCUUAAUCCUUUUUAUUCAAGUAGCAACAAACGAAAAGAUCACGAGAAGAAGAUUGCGUAGGCCGUCAUCAACGACCACAACAACAAAUUCGCCCGCGCCCAUCGCGCAAAAAAAUUCAGUGCGGACGCGAGAUCAGGAUUUGUCAUCGAGUGUAAAUCGGUUCAAAGUUCGCACGCGACCCGGUCACCGAAAAACAAUCGACAACGCCAUCGCCUCCAGCAGUUCGACCAAGAGUAACAAGGACGAUGAUGGAUACAAGGUGGUGUGCUACUACACAAAUUGGUCGCAGUACAGGCCGAAGAUCGGUAAAUUUAUGCCCGAAGACAUUACGCCCGAUCUCUGCACGCACAUCAUUUUCGCGUUUGGCUGGCUGAAGAAAGGAAAACUGUCGUCGUUUGAGAGCAACGACGAGACCAAGGAUGGCAAAACGGGACUGUACGAACGGAUCCGCAGUCUUCGAAAGGGCUACCCGAAAUUAAAGAUUCUUCUGGCUAUCGGCGGAUGGUCUUUCGGCACCCAGAAAUUCAAAGAUAUGACCAACACCCGCUACGCCAGACAAACCUUCAUCUACAGCGCCAUUCCCUUCCUUCGCGAUCGGGAAUUCGACGGCCUCGACAUCGAUUGGGAAUAUCCCAAGGGAUCGGACGACAAGAAGAACUACGUGCACCUACUAAAAGAAUUACGAGAAGCGUUCGAGGCCGAAGCCCAAGAAAUAAAGAAACCUCGCCUUCUGCUGUCGGCCGCCGUACCCGUAGGUCCCGAUAACAUCAAGGGAGGCUACGACGUGCCGGCGGUCUCGUCCUACUUGGACUUCAUAAAUCUCAUGUCGUACGAUUUCCACGGUAAAUGGGAGCGCGAAACCGGACACAACGCGCCCCUUUACUCGCCGAGCUCGGACAGCGAGUGGCGCAAACAGCUGUCGGUCGAUUACGCGGCGAGCUUGUGGGUCAAGCUGGGCGCGCCGAAAGACAAGUUAAUCAUCGGUAUGCCGACGUACGGUAGAUCGUUUACUUUGUCGAACUCCGGCCGGUAUAAGGUCAAUUCGCCGGCGACGGGCGGCGGUAAGGAAGGGGUGUACACUAAGGAGAGCGGGUUUUUGGCUUACUACGAGGUGUGCGAGAUGUUGAGGAAUGGCGCUUCUUACAUUUGGGAUGAUGAGAUGAAGGUUCCGUACGCCGUGCAAGGGGAUCAGUGGGUCGGUUUUGAUGAUGAGCGUUCGAUCAGGCACAAAAUGAAGUGGAUUAAAGACAACGGGUAUGGUGGCGCUAUGGUUUGGACCGUUGACAUGGACGACUUCUCCGGGAAAGUUUGCGGUGGCGAUGUCAAGUACCCUUUAAUAGGCGCUAUGAGGGAAGAGCUUCGUGGAAUAUCACGAGGUAAGGAUGCCAAAGAUGUGGACUGGGAGAAAGUAGCUGGAUUUGAAGAGGAAGAGGAGGAAGAGGUGAUUGAAAAACCAGCUCCCGUUAAAAUUUCCGCUUCCGAAGCACUCAACCGAGUGAGAAAGCCGAAUAAGAAGUACACGAUUAAAUCUUCAGCCGUUGACAAGAACAGCCGAUCCGCGCAAAUAUUUUGUUACAUCACGAGCUGGUCACAAAAGAGGCCCGGGCUUGGUCGCUUUACUCCCGACAACAUCGAUCCCAAACUGUGCACACACAUCGUUUACGCCUUCGCCACGUUAAAGGAUCACAAACUGGCAGAAGCUAGUGACAAAGAUGAGGAAAUGUACGAGAAGGUAAUCGCGCUCAGAGAUAAAAAUCCGGAUCUGAAGAUUCUGCUCGCGAUAGGAGGCUGGGCCUUCGGCUCUACGCCGUUCAAGGAACUAACGGGAAAUGUGUUCAGAAUGAACCAGUUUGUGUACGAUGCCAUCGAAUUGCUGCGCGAUUAUAAGUUUAACGGGCUCGAUGUUGAUUGGGAGUACCCCCGCGGGUCCGACGAUCGUGACGCUUACGUUAACCUUCUAAAAGAGCUGCGUUUGGCGUUUGAGGGCGAGGCUAAGACCAGUGGACAGCCCAGGCUGCUACUCACGGCCGCGGUACCGGCAUCAUUCGAGGCAAUCGCCGCUGGAUACGACGUGCCGGAGAUCUCCAAGUAUUUGGAUUUUAUCAAUGUGAUGACGUACGACUUCCACGGGCAAUGGGAACGAACAGUCGGUCACAACUCGCCCCUUUUCCCGCUGGAGAGCGCUACCAGUUAUCAAAAGAAAUUAACCGUAGAUUACUCGGCAAGGGAGUGGGUGAAGCAAGGCGCUCCCAAGGAAAAAUUAAUGAUCGGAAUGCCUACGUACGGGCGAAGUUUUGAAUUGGUGAAUAUGUCCCAGUUCGACAUAGGCGCCCCGGCCUCCGGUGGCGGUAAACCUGGACAAUUCACAUCGGAAUCUGGUUUCAUGAGCUAUUACGAAAUAUGCGAUUUUCUACAAGUCGAAAAUACGACACUCGUGUGGGAUAAUGAGCAACAAGUCCCCUUCGCUUAUCGCGAGGAUCAGUGGGUCGGUUUUGAUGACGAAAGAAGUUUAAAAACGAAGAUCGCUUGGUUGAAAGAAGAAGGCUUUGGAGGAAUCAUGAUCUGGUCCAUUGACAUGGAUGAUUUUCGAGGACAUUGUGGAGGAUUAAAGUAUCCUUUAAUUGCCUCAAUGAAGCAAGAGCUGGCCGGUUACAAAGUUAAGCUGUCUUACGAUGGUCCAUUUGAAAGCUCAAACCCGAACGGACAGUACACCACUAAGGAUCCAAACGAGGUGGUGUGCGAGGAGGAAGACGGCCAUAUCAGUUACCACCGCGACAAAUCCGACUGUACCCAUUACUUCAUGUGCGAAGGCGAAAGGAAGCAUCACAUGCCUUGUCCGGUUAAUUUGGUCUUCAACGCCGACCAAAACGUCUGCGAUUGGCCCGAAAACGUAAUAGGAUGCGAGCAGCAUACCCAAUCACCUCCAACUAACUAAAUUUGAGUCGAAUUAGAAAAUUUAAAAUACCAAAAGAAAGUCUCUCUAAACAAGAAGUCACUGCCAUAAAUUUUGCGUUUUAUUCGUCGCGAACAGUACGGGAAAAAAGGCAGUCCGCGUGUAGAUAUACUGAGUGUUAGUGAUAUUUGAGACUUAUACAAUUAUCGAUGUUUUGUAAAAUAGUGUUUCGGUAAUCCUUAUUCGUAAGUAUAAUUAUGUAUUAUUUAUUAAUUACGCCGAAUUGUACACUUUUAAUACGAUUUAUGUAGAGUAAGAGAAUUACGUUAAGUUUUAGAGAUAUUUAUGUAGUAGGUACCUUCAUCAAUUUACUUUGUAAAUACAAGUCUACCAACACGA